AUGGUUAUGCGUGAUAGUUUAUCAAGAAUUUAUGUCGGUAAUUUACCAUCUCAUGUAACAUCAAGAGAUGUAGAAAAUGAGUUUCGUAAAUACGGUACUAUAGUAAAAUGUGAUAUCAAAAAAACAGUAUCAGGGGCUGCUUUUGCAUUUAUAGAAUUUGAAGAUGCGAGGGAUGCAGCAGAUGCAAUAAAAGAAAAAGAUGGCUGUGAUUUUGGAGGCAAUAAACUAAGAGUGGAAGUUCCAUUUAAUGCAAGAGAUAAUGGCAAAUAUAAUUCUAGAGGCGGUAGAGGAAUGAUGAGUAGAGGAGUUAAAUCGAGAAGAGGAAAAUACGUCGUUGAAGUUUCUGGGUUGCCUCUGUCAGGUAGCUGGCAAGAUUUAAAAGAUCACUUAAGAGAUGCGGGGGAAUGUGGGCAUGCGGAUGUUUUCAAAAAUGGUACAGGUGAAGUAUCUUUUUUUCAUAAAGAAGAUAUGCUUGAAGCUAUUGAAAAGUUUAACGGGUCUACUUUUAGAUCACAUGAAGGAGAAAAAACAAAAAUAACAAUAAGACAGAAAAAGACAUCAUGGCGUCGAGAUGAAGGAGGAUAUGGUAGAUACAAUAGUAGAAAUAGAAGUUAUUCAAGUAGAAGUUACUCAAGAAGUGACAAGAGGUCGUAUACUAGAAGUAGAAGCAGAAGUUAUAGCAGUAGAAGCUAUAGUAGAAGCCGAAGCAGAAGUGGAAGCUCAAGUAGCAGAAGUAGAAGUAGAAGUAUGGAUAGAAGAAGAGAUGCUUAUGAUAAAAAAAGAAGUUAUUCUAGAAGUUUAUCAUACCAAGAAAGAAGAAGAAAUAAUAGAUCAAUAUCUAAAUCUGGAUCCAGGUCUGGGUCGAGAUCUGAGUCUAGAUCAGUUUCUAGAUCCUCCUCAUGGUCACAUAAAAGAAGACAUUAG